AUGAUGCCGAUCACCCUUCCAGGUGGAUCAAAGGAGAAGCUGCAAGGAAUCAUGGCUCCGCUACUUGCGGGGUUGAACCGGGCCAACAUGUCCUACUUUGAACGAUUCCGCACCAUUAUUAACUAUGGUGCGGUCGUCUCCGGAGUCUCUGUCAACGCAUCACUAUCCCGCGAUGGCAAGUCUGCACCAACCAACUCCGUGAAUCCUGCCUGGCACGACGCGGCUAUCGAUAUUGUGGUCGGAACUCUCAGUGACACAAAUCAAAACUAUAAUAUUGAAGCCCAGAAACUCAUUGCGGAUGUCUUGCUCCCGGAGUUGGAGGAUCUCACCCCAGGCGGAGGGGCGUAUCUGAACGAGGCAGAUCCUCAUCAACCAGAUUGGAAGUACGCUUUCUACAACGAGAAUUAUGAUCGAUUGUUGAGUGUGAAGAACAAAUACGAUCCAAAGCAUAUCUUCUAUGGCACCACCGCAGUUGGGAGUGAUUACUGGGUGGAGGCAGAUGGAAGGUUAUGCCGGGCUUGA